AUGAUAGCGUCAAUGAUAAGACGCGUGGCGGUGGCGGAGGCGUACGACUCUGAAAGCAGCGACGACGCGCUAAUUAUCACAAAUUUCAAUCCAUUCACUGCUACUCAGGCGUGGGAGUUAAUAUCCCUACCACUACCACCUCCUCCUCCUCCUCUUCAUCCCCCCCCCUCCUCACACCCCUCACCCCAAAACCCGGCAAAGAAGUGUUAA